AUAGUUUCAGACUUACAACAGAUUUAUUCGCCGGUUCCAAAUUUAAAGACAAACGGAUGGGGAUGGUCCGUCAGGACACGGGUGGUGCCCGGAAAAAAGAAAGAGCAGACCGCAAAUCUUUGACUAUUUUGCAGAGGGAUAUGCCGUUUGUAAGAGAUCUUGUAAAUAUCAUACUAUCGGAAUGAGGCCCCAUGACAAUGAAAUGGAAAAUCCUUGGCACAUGACUGUCAUGGUGGAAAAUCGCGGGUGAACAAAAGUCCUGGAUUGUGCGUUUAGCAUGACCGGCUUCGAGCUCUCUCCCCUGGCACCAAUACUGCCUAUUGUAGGAACAGUGAACCAGGCAAAUUUGUGUCAGCUAUUACUCACAACACUUAUAAUUCGAAUAGAAAUUUAUUCAAGAGCCAUUGAAUCACAAGUGGUAUGGGAAACGAUUUCUAUGGGAAUUGUCAUUUUUGGGAGGAUGGGCAAGCGAGGAACCCUUUAUCGGGUCACGUCUUCCGGGAGACCCCUGCUGAGUUUGCCUAACCAGACUACUCCCUACUUUUCUGAGGAGAAUUUACCUAUUCCCACAGUUCACUUUUACAACCUACGCCAGUAUGCACUCCAUGCAUAUCGGGUAUACGAUGACGAACCCGUAUAACUGGACAAGCAUUUACUCUAGUUCAGCCAUACAACAUGAAAAGAUUAUCCGAACCCCACGAAUGAUACCAUACCCACUAGAGAUACAUAUCCACUAAACUCUACAAAGACUUAGUACAAAGUUAAAUAAUCGAAUCGAG